AUGGCCGACCUGAUUGGGUUGAUGGUCGAGCCCCGGCCGCCGGCGAGGAAGAGAAGGCGAAUCGUCAUAUCCUGCUUCGAGUGCCACCGGCGCAAACAAAAGGUACAGAAUCCUCCUACCCGGUUUGUGAUCUAUUUGACCAUUCGAGUUUCCCCCAGAAAAACUUCGCUAACGUGUCCCCGUUUGUUCGUUGCGGUAAUUCAGUGCGACAGAGAGCUACCGUGUGGGAACUGCGUCACCCGAAAUCGAGAAGCGAGCUGCGCCUAUGAGGCCGGCGCCCCGACCUCUAAAAGCCUGAAAGAGAGCACUUGUGUGGACGACUCACAGCGGACGCAGAGCCCUCCCCGUGGAAUGGCCGGCGGUCGCCCCGCCGGACGCGGCAGCACCGACGAUCCGACGCUGACGUCCAUGGCCGCAGCGCUCGGCUACUCGCAAACGCGGCCCUCGACUAUGAGCCUCCUGCGCACCAUCGAGACAGCCGACCAGCAACCCGGCGGCGGCCGUCGACCCGGCGGUGCGUCGUUGCAGCUCCUCGGCACGCAUCAGAGCGAGCUCGCGCCAAUCCGCGAAAAGUACAAGAGCCUGGUGCGGCAGCUGCCAGCCAAGACGUACAUUGACCGACUUGUCGGCAUGUACUUUGCGGACCUGCAUCAACAGUACAACUUCGUCGACCAGGCGAUCUUCUUCGAGCAGCUGGCCGAGUGGGACCAGCUGCCCUUUGCGCUGCUCUCGUCGCCUGAGGCGCUGCGCCCGGCGAUGCGCUUCUUCCCCGCGCUGCUCUUCCAGAUCCUCGCCACGGCGCUGCUGCUUCUGCCCCCGGGCACGCCGGACCCCGUCUUCGACGCGCUCAAGUACGCCGGCGGUAUGACGUUUGAGGACCUCGCGACCGACUACAGCGACUCUGGCGCCGCCAUCGUCAACCUGUUUGGCAAGAGUGCGCUGGACGAGGUGACGGUGCAGGCGCAAUUUAUACGCGCGCUGUUUCAAAAGUACACGGCGCAUGUGAUUGAAUGUUGGCAUGGUAUUGCGGCGGCCAUCCGGGAUGCGCAAGAACUAGGCAUGCACCGCGAUGCUCUAGAUCCGAAACCUGAGGACUCGAGCGUGGAAAGCAUUCUAAAAAACCAGUGGCGCAUAUUACACAGAAGGAAGAUGUACAUGAUGCUGGUAUCAUGGGACAUCAACAUGGCAGUAUUCUUGGGCCGCCCGGGCAGCGUCGUUUGGGCGCAUGGGCUGCCCUCUUUACCGGUCGACGCGCCGGCUCCCACAGACUGCUCCAAGACGCCGAUCGAGUCGCGCGACGAGGCGGUCGACCCGCCGACGCUCAUCACGCGGCAGCUGUUCCUGUUCAAGCUGGCCAACGCGGUGCGCUUCGUGCUCGACCUCGAGCCCGACGGCUCGCACCCCAAGGACUUCUCCAAGGUGGACCACGUGCACCGGCUCAUGGACGCGCUGCGCGCCGAGGUGCCGCCCGCCUUCCGCCUCGAGAACCCGGACCGGCGGUGGGACGCGCACCCGGCUUGCUCCGGGUGGAUCCGGCAGACGCGGCUGUACCUGCGGCAGCUGCACCACUUUGGCGUCAUGGCGCUGCACCGGCCGUACAUCUUCCACCGGCGCGCGAGCCGCGCGGCGGCGCUGCGCGCGGCCGUCGACAUGCUGGGCGUGCAGCGGCAGACGUUCGACGGCCUGCCGCUCGUGCAGUGGCGCAGCUUCCACCUCUUCUUCGGCAGCUUCGACGCCGUCGUCGUCGUCGCGUCCAUCUUCAUCCUGUUCCCGCGCGAGAGCCCGGCGCUGCGGGACAGCGCCGCGCGCCGCCUCCACUGGACGAUCGCCAAGUUCGAGGCCAUCCGUGAGCACAACGCGGUGGCGCGCGCCGCGCAGGGCGUGCUCACCGCGAUCCGGUCGCGGUUCGUCAAGGCGGUCGGCGAAGGCGGGGCGACGACGAGUCCGGACGCCGAGGGUGAGGUGACGCCGGGCAGCGACAAGGCAGCGACGGGUCCGGCGACGGUAGCCUCGGGUGGCGGGAGCAGCGGCGCAUCGACGAAUGGCUUGUCCUUGGACAUUUCGCCGAGCGACGGCAGCAGCAGCGCGGCGGAGCCCUGGGGUGAGACCGGCACCGGCGCGGAUGGUGCUGGUGCGUGGGUGCUUCCGGAAGGUAGCCUGUCCUCGCUGGCGCCCAUAUAUCCCACGUCCGACCUGCUCUUCAACGACCUGGUGGCAAAGUAUGGCGACUCGAACCCGGCAAACUGCGCGUUAGACCCGGUUGACGCGCAGCAGCAGCUGUCUGGCGACGGGUUCGGCUCAUUGUACCAGUUCGACGGCGACUUUGCGGCGGACAACACGUUUUGGCAGUUUAUGAAUCAGUUCAACCCGGACUUUACGGGCUGA